UGGGGACUGGUAGGCGUUGGACAGGCAGUUGAAGCGAUCGGCGAUGGACGCACUGUACGCCCAGAAGAACGAAGAGUUGCAGAAAAAGAUUCAACAGAAACACGACGAAAGCGCACGAAGACAUGAGGAGAGUUUGGCGCAAAUCCGUCAGAAAGCACUGGAGCUGUCCGUCCGCAAGUCCUCGACCGUUGGCAACGACGACGCGCCGGUAUGCGAGCCGUACGACACCUGCAAAAUGUGUCAGUUGUGUCAAGUGAUGAUCAAAUCGGAGGUGUUUUUGUUCGGACACUUGAGAGGUAAGCGACACAACGCCGCCAUAUGCGAGCAAAACGGUGGUAAAGUGCCCACGAAUGAGGAGUUGGAGAACUUUAACGUGAAAUACAUAGUGGAGGCGCCGGUAGACGCGGACAAGAAGUCCAUUCAGAGCUGCGAUAACGAGAGACUGAAAGCCGCGCGUAAGAGGAGUAAGAAAUUGAGGCAACGAUUGGCCGCAAAAGCGGUUCAAUUCGAGCAAAAUGUCGGCCAAAAGGGUUCACAACCGGCGCUGUCGUCCAAAAGCAUUCAAUCCGUGAAUAAGAAUAAGAUUUCGAAGAUUUUUAAGGACUUGUCGACACUGAGCGCCGACACCCAAAUCACGGGCCACUGGCCCUCGAAUAUGACCCACAGUUUGGAGCGGAAUCUGAAUGAAUUGGAAAAACUUUUUCGCGGGAAAGGCGUCACGGAUUCGCUGUAUUUCCACUCAUUAAACGGCACCCAAUUGUUGACCAAAAUGUUGUCCCGUAUUACGAACGGCACGAAAGAGAGGCCGACGUCCCUAACGGACCGCUCGAACGCCAAGUUGGCCGCCGUUUACGAACUGGUAUGCAGUCAGCACUGGGAUGUCAGCGACUAUGUCCUGCAGUCCAACCUCAUGAUGGAGUUGUUGGACAUACUGUCGCGGGACGUGGAGCUGAGGUGCAGAUACUGGGCCUUCCUAUUCGAUAACCUGAACCGCGCGGUGGACGAGAUCUACCAGAACUGCGAGUCGGACGAGUCGGUGGUGGAGUGCAAGGAGACGCUCAUGGUUUUGGACAACUAUAGGCGCGAAUUCACGGCACUUAUCGAGUGGCUCAACCUCAAGAGCGACUACGAGUCCACACCGCAGAGGGACAGACCCUCGUCACUGGCCUGGGAGGUCAGGACCUCCAUGACCUCCAAUCAGAUGAUCUAUUGGAACAGGUUUUUCGGCAGGAAUUCCGAAGUGACCACUAAUAGCGUGAAUACAUCGCCGCAGAAGUCGUUGAAUACGACCAAUAAAACUAAGGAUCAGAUGAAUGGCGGCGAAGAGAAGGAGAAUAAUUCGCCGGAACCGGUGGUCAACAAAGACACCAAUGGAUCAGUUGCUGACAAUAAUGUCAAACCGGUGGCGCCGUCCGUGAGAAGGAUUGCCGAAGAGUCCGAUGCAAAGCCUAUUGUCUCGCCUAAGGCUACGAUCAAGUCUUCGGUGUCCACUCCAACGCUCAAUACAGUCACCACUUCCUCGACGUCGAAGCCAUUGAAUCCAUUGGCUCAGACAUUCAAAUCUCGUUUACAUCCGAUGGCGCCGACCAGUACGACAGCGCCGGCACCUAAGGCCGUGUCCACCGCAGCACCGGCUGCUCAGCAGAAGCCCAUACUCAUAGUGCCGACUACUGCCGCCACCGCCGCCCCCACUGUUAAGAAGUCUACGUCACAGACAAUAGUCUCUGAGAACAAGUCGGCGCCUAAACCGGUGUCCACUCAACAGACCACUGCCCUGAAGACCAGUUCCGCACCGAUCACUACAACAAAUCUCAAGCGCACAGUCGUCUCGACACCCAAUCUAUCUGUAAUUAAUGGUAAUCACAAUACCGGUGCGAAUAAUAGUAACAAUAAUCGCAAUAAUAAUGGGAAUAAUACUCAACGGAGAGUGGAGUCGAAGGGAACGGUAGGUUCGGUGAUGAAUAAGUCGUUCGCCAGAGAGACCAAUGCCUCGAGAGCUAAAAGCGUGCGAAACACCGAUAGUAACAAUAAUAGUAGGAAUGAGUGGAAAGGCCUACAGAGGAGUCAGUCAAACAUACUGUCCACUCGUAGUACGAAUGUUAGACAAAAUACCAAUAAUAAGACAAAUAGUAAUCAAUUGAUUGUAAAUAACAAUAAGACUAAGAAAGUGAAGGACGCGGACGGGUGGGAAGUGGUGGGCAGUCGGGGCCGCCAGAGGUUUAAGGUGUCGCCGCCUAAAGUGAUUAUCUUAGAGGACGACUCAGUGGUCAAGACGACGGCCGACGGAACGGUAUACGCGGUGACGGCGUCCGUGCAGACCACUGACGGCUGGGACCCCAUGACGUUGAGCGGCUCCUGGAGUAGUGGCGGGGCGGGUAUGGACUCGAGUACGGAGGGGUUGCGGACCCCCGGGAGGGCGUUGAAGAUUCACGAGAAGCUGUCAUCCCCCUCGAGGAAGCGGAAUGUGUCGCCCACGGAGUCUAUUAAGAAACACGAGGAGAAGUUAGCCAAAGCACAGGAGGCCAGGGAGAAGCUCCUGGAGGAAAGGGCGCAGAAGUUUCAGGGUAUCAUCAAAAAGGCAGAGGAGAUGAAGGCGUGGAAAGAGGAACAACAGCUGCAAAUGAAGGCGUCGAUGGAACUGAAGCAUCAAAGAGCCGAAGAGAAACGCCAGCAACAGCUCAACCGAAUCGUACGGAAAGCACACGACGAGGACUCGAAGGUAAACGAGAUUCAGUUCAUCAACUCAUUGGAGGCCCAGAACAAGAAGUACGACAUUUUGAGCCGCGAGAAGGACCGGGAGAUGCGG